GACCUUUAGUGCUGUAAACUCUCAAUACUACUGUUUCAAAGGUAGCAUUUCGUCAUUAGAAGUAUAAGUUACAUUUGAUAACAACCAUCAAGAUAUCGGGUUUUCAUCCGCAUGCCCUAUUUAAUAUCCUAAAGGACUGUGAACAUUGAGAUGGUGGAAAAUCUGUUGCUAUCUGUUCAGCCCAGUCGAUGUCUGGUGGACGAGAGGAUUCAGAUUGUCAUAGAUAAUUUAUUGCCAAACCAGGCAGCAACGCUGCACUCUUUACAUCAAUCUGAGGACAAGGACUUCUGGGAGGCGUUUGGACAUUAUAUCAGUGAUGAAUAUGGAACAGUGACAGUGGCCCAAGAUGAAUGUUUGGGGGGCACUUAUGAAGGGACAGAGCCAAUGGGUUUGCUGUGGAGCAUGAGGCCUGUACCGGGAAGUCGAAGUGGACUCAGGUUACGCAAGAUGGAUGUACUUUCACCGAUGGUAGUUCAUAUUUCAGUAUAUAGCGGUCAUGUGUCUCAAGGCUUCGCCAAGCAACCAGCAUUGGCAACCAGUGUCACAGAGCGCUGGUACAUGGCACCAGGUGUGCAGAGGGUGAAUGUCAGAGAAAAAGGAGUACGAGGAACAUUAUUCCUUCCUCCAGGACCAGGACCUUACCCAGGAGUGCUGGACUUGUGGGGAGGAGGUGGUGGUUUAGUUGAGUAUCGCUCAGCCCUGCUUGCAUCUCAUGGCUUUGCCUCGCUGGCACUAGAGUACUUGGCUACCGACGAGCGGAGCACCGCAGAUGUUGACUUGUCAUACUUUGAGAAAGCAUAUCUAAUCCUGCAGAAUCAUCCAAAGGUACAAAGAGAACGACUGGCUAUGCUUGGACUAUCAUUUGGAUCUGCAAUCACACUCAGUAUGGCAGCCUACUCAGAAAUCAUCAAGCCCCAGUGCUGUAUAUGUAUCAGUGCAAGUCAUGGGAUUCCUGUCGAUAAAUCUCUUUCUGGAAUAUUGGAGGAGAUUAUAAAGAAUAAAUUUAAGAUACGUAUGAAUGAGGUUAACCAGAUAAUCUACAGAGACAUGCUCUUGCUGAUUCCCUCAGAUACAAGUCUCAAAGUAGACGUUGGGAGAAUAAAAUGUCCACUUCUGUUGGUGAACGCUGGUGAUGAUCAGAACUGGCCUUCGGUUGAAUCUGCUGAUGAUAUUAAAAAGAUGAUGGCAAAAGCAGGAAAUCUUAACUUGUUGGAAGUCCUGAUGUAUCCUGGUGCGGGUCAUCUGAUCGAACCUCCUUACACACCUCACUCUCGUGCCAGUAACUUUACUUUUCGAGGGAGUGAGAAGGUUGUCAUGCUGUGGGGUGGACAGACGAAACCGCAUGCAUAUGCACAAGAGGAUGCGUGGAAAAGAAUUUUAGCAUUUCUGAGUCAACACCUAUAUUCAAGCUUAAAUCAUGCAGUUAAAGCCAGACUUUAGUUGUGACAUUACAACACUGUCCGAUGCAUCUAAAUGAACAUACUGUAUUCAUGUUGAGUGUAAUUUUCAGAACUAGGAUUUAAAGAAAUCAACAAAUCAAUGUACACAGUAAAGCACUAAUUUUGUACUGCUGUUAAUGCAUUUUAAUAUAUGCAUACAAGUAUUUGGAAAUGAUUGAAGCAUUGUGCGCACACACAAACAAAUAUGUAGGCUAUAGCGUUCUGCAGCAUACAUUAAUGAGUAAAUAGACAAAGAAAUGUCAUGCAGAUGGUGAUCAAUUUAAAAGCUUGUCCACAACGGGAUGAUAAUCGCUCGUGUUUAUUGUCGACAUUUAACGCCUCAUGACUAAACAAAGGGGGCCAAUGUGUGCAUUCCGGGGUCAAAAGAUUCAUUUUAGUAUAUUGCAACAGUAGCUCCCUGCGAUUACCGCAUUUUGGGGUGAAAGCAACCCGGCUUUUUGCUAUCGCAAUGCCAAUAUUGGUUGCUUUGUUAAAAAACAUUAAAGCUCAAUUUCAACCUGAAUGAUAAUAAAACAUGACAAAAAAGCCUUGGCUCGUUGGAAACCAUGUAGGUUAUAAAGCAUCUUCACCCCAAAAUGGCGGCCGCACGGUUUCCCUAAAAUACCCCCACUUGCGGUCACUUAAGCGCUUGACUACUUUAAUGACGUAUUUCAUGUUUUUGGCCCAAAUGAGCUAGUGGCCGUGAAGAUCCAGAGAAAGCAUGUAUUUCUAAGCGGAUGGGACACACUUAACAAGUAGAAACAUGUUACGUUACGAUAGAACUGGAUAGAAACAUACACUUGUUUCUUGUUUAUUUCAUUUUAAUAUUCUAUUUCAUUUAUCACAUUUAUUACAAUAUUCAUCAUAUGUAUUCAUUCCUUUAUUUUAUUAUUCACUUCUAUUCAUAUUAUUUGCUCCUUACUUUCCUGUUGUUUAACCUCAUUGGGAGAUGUUAUUGUGUUUUAUGCUGAUAUGAGUAUCCGUUGGUCUCCAUCUCAAGGUCCAUAAUAAUGUCAUGAGACAAUGUUUUGAUACUGUUAUCUUGAAUGGUUAAAAACACAUAUUGAAUCUGUUUCUAGUCAGACGAAGUUUGGCAGAGCUUGACUGAGAAUCAACGCAUACCUGAAAUUAUUCAAUAAAUCAUUUGUCUGUCUAUUUAACAUCA